AUGAUGCUUUUUGAUAGGGGCGAUGAUCUGUAUUACUGGGACAAGUCGAAUGUUCAAUUCAAUAGCAGUGGAAUAGAACGACAACAUCGGUUUAUGGGAACCGGAGAAGGCACGCAUGAGAUGCCGGAGAAGCUGUUGGAUCAAUUAACGAAGCGAGCAACCUAUUACAAGGACAAGAUGCCAAAAGAAGUACCGGCAUGUCGUGCUCCUUUACGGAAUGGCAAAUUGUGUCCUAGACGUGAUCUUGUGACGUGUCCUUUCCAUGGCAAGAUCAUCCCACGUGACGAGAUAGGGCGGCCCAUUCGUGAAGAAGAUCAACUUGAGCAGCAAUCAAACACCAGCAAACAAUUAUGGGAGGAUAUUGAGGGAGAUGUGAUGCGACAACAAGGAAAAGAGCAAAUUGAUACCAAGCGCAAGAAAAGGAAGAAACAGCAAAACGACACCAAUUUGAUUGAUAUUCGACAAAAGAAGGAAAACAGCUAUACCCGAUUACAGAAAAAGCUUGAUACGCCAGGCGUACGGCGGAUGGUAGAGGAAGCUGAGGAUUAUGAGCGUAGUAUCAAAUCGAGAAAUAGAAAUGCCAACAUAUGGUAG